GCGGCGGGGGCGGCGCGGGGGGAGCGCGGCACCGCGUGGGCAGCGCCGGGGCCUCGGGACACCCGCCCGCCACCAUGUCACCCAGUCAGGAACCCGUUUACUCAGAGUAUGAGGCUGACACCAGCCAGACAUCAAAGCUGAUAAGAAAAUUUAAAGAGACUCCAUUUGUACCCAUCGGGAUGGCUGGCUUCGUCGCAGUGGUUGGCUAUGGGCUGUACAGACUGAAGCACAGAGGUGAGAUGAAGAUGUCACUUCACCUGAUUCACAUGCGCGUGGCAGCCCAGGGCUUCGUGGUGGGAGCCAUAACGUGCGGUGUGCUGUAUUCCAUGUUCCGGGAGUACGUGGUGAAGCCCAAGGAGUAGUGGAAAGCUGACUGGGGUCUCUUCCCUGGUAGCAGCCUGUGUACUGCAGCUACAAACCUCAUAUCGAGGGGUUCUUGAGGAAAAAUAAUAAUAAUAUGUGGUAUUUAGAGAAUUGCCCUGUAUCUGUUUUGUGUAGGGUGCCUUGAAGCUGGCAGCCUAAAGGAUUGCAGGCUGGGGGAGCCGGGUCUGGCUCUCUCAGACCAGCACUACCACGGCACACGUUUCAGGGGCUAUAACAGAGAACAAUCCUUUUAUCCUCCCCUCCACUGCCAACUCAGCCCUAAAAUUGGUGACUCCUUAUUUUUAAUUUUGUUUUUUUUGCUGCCGUUGCCCAAAUCCAUGAAGUCUGAACCAGCCUCUGCCAGGCCUCAGGCAGGAGGUGUCUCUAAGGUCGUGCGUGACCCCUUGGCUGUCGUUUUUCACCCGGGGUGCUCAUCAGCCUCCAGCUUGGUAACUUAAAAGCUUCCAGUAGCACUGAAUGACUUCUAAAAUACUGAGAAACAUAUAAACAUCUAUUUUUGUUUAUUUAAGGCACGAGAGAAGUAUUUGGUAUAUUGCAGCUAUUUAAAUGUUCUAUUUAUUCAUUGUUAAUGAAGACACAGGCUCCCUAUUUUUACUCUAGUUUUGCAGAUUCCUGGAUUACUGUAUUUUGUAACUUUAUUUACAGUGUUCUUCUGAAUAGCAUAUUUAAAUGUACCGUUUAAAAUACACCUUGUGAAAACUAAA